AUGGACCUGGGCUCGCUACUAGUGCGCGGCGGAAAAGACGCGCCCCGCUCUCCCCGCCCCCCUCCCGGCAGCCCCUCCGGUUUCCGCCGCGCCCACCACUUCCGAUCCGCGUCGGUCGGCGGAUUCAUUACUCCGCAAGCAGCGGACGGCGGAGUGGACAGCGCAGAUUACACGCUCCCGCCGCUUUCGCCGCAGCCCCCGCGGCGCAUUCCGGCGGCGGCGGCGCUGUUCUCAGCGUCCGCGGACGGCGGAAGACACUUACAGCUCCCGCGCGACGCAACUCCCGGAAUUGCGCCCGCCGCCGCGAGUGUCUCCCCGCCCCGCGGCCCCCCCGCCUCCCCUCUUUCCGCCGUUGCGGGACGGUUCGCGGGCAGCGCGGGCCGCGGCAGUGCUGCGGCGGAGAGUCAACCCAGCGCGCAGGAAGGCGGAGAGGAGAGCGAGGGAGAGGGCGAGUCGAGCGCGUGGGAGUGGGAAUCGGAAUCCGAGUCGGAGUUGGAGUGGGAGGAGUGCGUGGUGGUGGCGCGUGCGCUGGGCGAGCACGAUGCGCGAGGGAGCACGGUCAAUACGAGCAACGCACAACAGCAGCAGCAGCAGCAGCAGCAGCAGCAACAGCAGCAAGCUCCUAGCAGCGCAAUCAACAAGCAGCAGCAACUGCUUGGUAACGCCCCCGGUCGCCCCCGGCAGAGGAAAAUCACCGCUUCUCCCUCCGCCGAAGCCCCUGCUGCUGUGUUGCUCCGCUCCCCCCGCCGCGCCUCUGUAUCCCCUCCGCCCGUCUCCCCCCUGCGCUCCCCCCCGCGGCACGCGAGCGCUGUCUUCCCCCGAAGCUGGUCCGCUGGCGCGCCUGACGCGGCGGACGCGGCGGACGCGCCUGACGCGCCCCCCGCGCGGCUGCCGCGCUCCACUCUUUCCGCGCACGUAUCGCCGCCCCCGCAGCAGCGGCAGCAGCAGCAGCAGCAGCAGCAGCAGCAGCAGCAGCGGCGCUCGGGGCAGCGGCCGGAGAAGCACACAACACCAUCAGCGGUAACAACAGCAGAAGAAGCAGCAGCGUGCGCCCCGCAACAACGUGCUCCGCCCCUGGAUGAGACGGGCACAUGGGGACCCGCAGGCGCCGGUGGGGGAGUUAGACGCGGUGCCGGAGAAGGCUGUGCGCAGCUUCCAGUCACAAGAACUGAGAGCCUCCGUUCGGGUGGUGCUUUCCCCGGUAGACUGCCGGAGAACAGAAUGCCUGGUGGUAGUAACCAGGGUGCUCGCAGUAACCAGUCGAAUCACGGUAACUGGACGGAGCGAGGCAACCAGCCAAUUCGUGGUAACCAGUUUCCUGGUGGCACUGUCGCUGCUGGUGCUGCUGGUGCUGCCGGUGCUGCCGGUGCUGGUGGCGCAAGCAGGCAUAGAAGGAGCCACUCCGACUCGUAUGCCUUUCACACUGCCACCUUCACCAAGACGCCUCUCCCCAACAGUAUCCACGCCUUCGUCGCUGCUGCAGACUCACACGUGCGCGCCUCUGCUACCUCUGCCACUCCUGCUCCUGCUUCCGCGGCAGCACAAGCAAGCUUGGGUCCCACGGAUGGUCCUAUGACUUUUUCCUCACUCCCUGCCACAUUCCCUACUGCUGGUAUUCAUCCCAAGCCCCCCACACCGUCUCCUCUAGCAGUGGCUGCUCACACGGGGUUUCCACCACCACCACCCCUUUCACACAUUCACGCUGCUGCUUCUGGUGUUACUGGAAGGAUCGCAUCGGAUCGGUUUUAUGGGGGAAUGAGGCAUGGCGUUGACACCAACUGCUCGGAGAGCAGCUCAGAGGAGGAUGAGGAUGAGGAUGAGGAAGAGGACGAGGAUGAGGAGGAAACGAGAGUAGGCAGCUGUGGUGCUGAGGAGGGUAUGUCUGCAGUCAAGCAACCCGCCAUGCUCACCAAACUGCCCUCCAUUUCGGACAUAGCCUGCCUAAAAGCGACCAUGUGCCUGACAGCAGUGGGAACGGCAGCGGCAGCAGCUGCAGAGGAAGUGGCAGCGUGCGGAGGGCACGAGAGCAGUGCAACAGCAAGAGCAGCUCACCAGCAAGGUCGGUCAACAGCUCACCAAAAUCCUCCCCACGUGGCUCUGCUAGUUCCUCACCCGCUCGCUCCCCUCGGGCGUCUGCUGGGGGGGGAUCAACAGGAGCUUAUGUGCGGCGUGCCCCGCACAUUGGGAGGAGCCCCUUGA